GUUUUUCUAUUCGCCGACGGGGCCGGGAAAAACCAGGUGACGAGAGAGGGAUACCGAGGGUGAGGUGAUGCCGCGAGGCGCGUGAAAGCUAAUUAUUAUCCCGCUCGGCGGAAACGGCGGGAUCGCGGUCGGCCGCACGUUGUCACUUUCGAUUCCGUCCCCGCGGGGGGUUUUCCCCGGGACCGCCAGGGCGAGGGUCCCCUCCCCUUCCCCUCCGCUCGCGGGUGAUGGUAACCGUGCUCGCGUACGGGGUGGCGAACGACCGCGCCGCUUCGCCGAGACCGCCGGCGUGCAGCUGGUGCAGCCGUCGCCGAGGGACGGAUCCUCUCGAACGAGAGCUCUCUCGCGCGUAUCCCGAGGGGAUACUCCGCGGACGCUACUCGCCGUAAUCGCCAUCGGAGCCCAAAAAGAAGGUCGUCGCCGCCGCGAAGUGAGGAGAGGUCACGCGUGAUCGUCUUUGAUCACGCCGGAGGAGAAAUCAACGGGGGAAAACGAUACUCUCGGGAAAUGGCGAACUUCAUUAAUUCAACAGCACAAUUCUUCAACGAUGCAUAUGACUACUACCUCUGGACGCUAUCCCUCGCGGAUGAGAGGACGAGGGGAUGGUUAUUGGUUGACUCGCCGAAACCAACGUUAAUUUAUACGAUGCUGUAUCUCCUCAUCGUCUGGGCGGGUCCUAAGGUCAUGAGGAAACGAAAAGCCUUCAAAUUAACGUGGGCAUUGGUGCCCUACAACCUUGCCAUGGCCUGUCUCAACGCUUAUAUUGCCAUUCAGUUGUUCGUAGCUUCCACAAGGUUACGGUAUAGUUACGUGUGCCAGCCAAUAAGGCAUAUCACGCGUCCCGAUGAAAUUCAGAUCGCUCACGCGGUUUGGUGGUACUACUUUAGCAAGCUUCUGGAAUUUUGUGACACGUUCUUCUUCAUUUUGCGGAAGAAGGACAACCAGCUGAGCUUCCUUCACGUCUAUCAUCACUCCACCAUGUUCUCGUUAUGGUGGAUUGGGAUUAAAUGGGUACCGAGCGGAUCCACUUUCCUGCCAGCGAUGGUAAACAGCUUUAUUCACGUGCUAAUGUACUCGUAUUACGGACUCGCCGCGUUAGGGCCUUCGGUAAGCAAAUACCUCUGGUGGAAGAAGUACUUGACGAUCCUUCAGCUCAUUCAGUUCACGACCGCCUUGAUUCUGGGAAUCAACGGCAUCCGUUCGGGAUGCGACUUUCCCCUCUGGAUGCAGUACGCCCUCGUCAUCUACAUGCUCUCCUUCAUCGUCCUGUUCGGGAACUUCUACGCCAAAGCUUACAUCGCGAAGGGUAAACAGGUCUACGCGGAGAAGCGGCUCGAGAGGCUAAGAGCCGCUGGGAAGAACUCGUCGGCGAGCCCGACGCAGCUCGGCGGCGCGGUCAGCAACGGGAAGAUCGCGAACGGGCACGCGAACGGGCACGCGAACGGCUACACGAACGAGACGUCCAAGAAGAAGUCUCAAUGAGAGUAUUCCCAUGUUGGGAGACUCGAUCCCCACGACGCACGACGAAGAAGGUGUAGUCACGGACAUUAGUCGGCGUCGGGCAGUGCGCUGUGUCGGGGGUAGUUUAACGUAAAAAGGAAAAGGAUAAAUAAAUAAAUAAAAAAAAAGGAUAAGAAGGGGAGAGGGAAGAAGUGGAGUUCUCAAUUUUUUGGAUUCCCGCACGUCGUCGGGUUUUUGUGCUUUUGCAAGGCGAAAAUCAGCAUCGUGAUUCCAAAGGUUAUCCAGGAUCAGCAAAUUUGUAUAUUCGCGGCGCCACGCUGAUUCCAGCAACUGUACAUAAUUAUUAACGAUUAUACCCUAAGGAGAAGGUCUAGAACCGAGUGCGUUUUGUAGCAAUUAGCGCGAUGGGCCUGUAAGGAUGAGAGAGCUUUCGUACAUAAAAUAUAAUAUUAAGCCGAAGCAUGGAAGGAUUUAUAUAUUGUAUGAUAAUCCAGGUAAAUAUCAAAAUAGCAUCAAAAAAAAAAAAACAGAAAAAGCAAAUCGAUCUUUCUUUCAGAGAGCAAGUCAGAGUAGGCGAGUAAGUUUUUCUUUUCUCUAAAAUGUAAUAUCAUCUGGAAAAAAUAGUCGCGUAACGGGAAGGAGGGAAACGGGCGUAUGUGCGCGUGUAUAAUAGAUAGAUAAAAACAAAUAAACGAAUCGUCAAAGAAAAAAAAAGAGGGAACGAGAAGACGCGAGAGAAAUUUGUAGUAACGAAGAGUCUACACAAGGGAAGGUUGUCGCAGGAGGGUCGAGGUUCCUUAGAAAGAGAACGUUUAGAAUUCAGUGCAACCCCACACUUUGUAAAAAUUUCAUAACAAAAUGUAUGUAUGUGUGUGUGCGUAUAAUACAGGGCAAUUGACUCGCAUCAAACUUCGCAAGUGCCGUUUCGCGAAAACGAACAGCAGUACGAAUUAAUAUUCAGAGGUUCCGAUCCGGGAAGCCUAUCACGCAGCUAAUAUUCCUGAUCGAUUCGCAUAAAAACAGGGGAUGCACUUUUCGUCCGCUUUCGUCAAAACGUACGAAUGUAACAAUUUUAUCUAUUUUAGAUUUCUAUUUGUUUUAAGUAUAACAGAUUUCGAUAACGAAAAAAGAAAAAGAAAAAGAAAAAAAGGAAGUAUCGAUUCGAAGGUUUUUGUACCGGCGCUUUUUCUACAACAAAUUAUUCAGACGCGUACAUACAAGUCGCGUAUUUUUGUCGCAAUAAAGACUAUGCAGCAAUAAAAAUUGUAUCAAUGAAAGAAAAAAAUGCAACAGAGAAAACGUUCGCUGCAUUUGAUUCCAUUUGAUAAAUAUAAAUCACGGAAGUCUGCUCUUUAUCCAGCGUACACAAUUUGUAUUCUUAUCUCGAAAUUUACGAACGGUAACUGACAACUGAAUAAAUUACAAAGUAAU